AUGGCAGACGUAAUGGACUUUUUGCCUUGGUUUCUCCUCUUCUGGCACGUCUCAGCUGCUCCUCAACUGAUCAUCCAACCCUCUAAUGUCACCAUCCCAUCUACUACCACCUCAAACUCGUCAGGGCUACCCGCCGAGAACACAGCCGCAUCGGUGUGCGAUGAUACUUGGCCUCGCUGCUACGAUGGAGAUCCGGCUUACAACUUUCUCAACUACCAACAAUGCGCUGGAGCAAUCUCAAGCAUUCAAAAUGACAGCGACUUCAGUAACGGUCGAGAUCAAUGGGCAUGCACCCAGCCAGGAACCGUACGCAGCUGGUCUGCGAAAGACGAAUCCUGCGUCGUAAGCAUUGGAUGUCAGAGUCCCGGCAUAAACGGCACCUUUGCUCUCCGACAAGUGGCAAACGGAUUUGGAACCCUCGGAACGCAAUGCAAAGAGGGCGGCAAGCAACUACUCUACGAACCGCAGGAGUGCGUUGGAGAAGCCUGGUACAUCGACGUGUACAAUUCGACUAUGCUCGGGGGCACAUACGAGGACUACCAGAGUGAUCCUGAGGUGACAGUGGAACGGAAAUCAUGA